UCAUUGACGACGAGAGAAAUUCAUUCUGAUUUUUAAUUCCUGACAAGUGCAAAAAUCUAUAGCUAAACGAAACCAUUGGCGAUUACUCUGAGAUGGAACCUUUUAGUGCAAGUUUUGAUUCUUCAAACCCAUUAGGGUUUUUGGAGAAAGUCCUUGACUUUAUUGGGAAAGAGAGCAACUUUCUGAGGAAAGACACGGCUGAGAAAGAGAUCACCGAUGCUGUUACGGCCGUGAAGGAGAGGUUGAGGGAAGCAGAGAAGAAGAAGAUGACGGAGUCCAUGGAGGUGGAGAAGGUGAGAGCCUCGACGUUGCCGUUUAAUUCAAGUUUUGAUCUUUCAGACCCAUUAGGGUUUUUGAAGAAAGUCCUUGACUUUAUUGGGAAAGAGAGCAAUUUUCUAAGGCAAGACAAGGCUGAGAAGGAGAUCAUUACCGCUGUUACGGCCGCGAAGGAUAGGUUAAGGGAAGCGGAGAAGGAGAGUGUAAAGCAAGCAACAGAGAAGAUUAACAAGUACGGACUGCAAAUUAGGGCUCCGUCACAGAAAAAACAGUCAUCAUCUCGACCUCCACUUCGGACUGCUUCAAUAUUUGGUGAGGAUGAUGAAGACAACGAUGUCGAGAAGGAGAUUUCUCGACAAGCUUCAAAGACCAAGGCUCUUAAAAAGAUUGAGGAGCAACAUAAGAAAGCUUUGAAGGAGGAUCCUUCUGCUUUUGCAUACGAUGAAGUUUAUGAUGACAUUAAACAUGAAGCAGUGCUUCCACGAAUGCAAGAUCGCGAAGAGCACAAGCCAAGAUAUAUACAGCAUAUUAUGAAACAAGCAGAACGUAGAGGAAAAGAACAUGAAAUAGUUUAUGAGAGAAAGCUUGCGAAAGAAAGGGCGAAAGACGAACAUCUUUUUUCCGAUAAAGAAAAGUUUGUAACUGGUCCCUUUAAAAGAAAACUAGAGGAACAAAAGAAAUGGCUGGCGGAAGAAAGAUUUCGCGAACUUCGAGAAGAAAGAGAUGAUGUUACAAAGAAGAACGACUUAAGUGAUUUCUACUUCAACAUUGGUAAAAAUGUGGCAUUUGGAGCUCGAGAUAUCGAAGCUAGAGAUGCAGAGAGACUCGAGGAGCUGAGAAAGGCAGAUAGGCUCGAGGAGCCGAGAAAAGAAGAGACAAUUAAAGAGAAGAAAAGAAAAUCACCGGAGAAGGAAGUGUCCCCUGACUCAGGAGAUUUUGGAUUAAGUAGUAAAAAAAGCGUCAAACCGCAUCAAUCAAAGAGGCAGCAAAAAGAAACGCCGAAAGCCACUAGAGAGGAUGCGAUAGCGGCUGCAAAAGAGCGGUUUGUAUCCCGUAAGAAGGCAAGGAUAGAAAAGUAGUAGUGCAACUUGGCAGAUGUCAGUCCAACGGUCACCAACUUUUGGUUCCUGAUAAUCGAUCAACCUUUGUUUUAAAACUUUUCUAGAUAACGCUUAUUCAAUUGUAAUUUUAUUUGCAAAACUUGUAAUGUAAAAUUCAUCAUAAGGUAUGUAUUUCGAGCCACGACGGUCCACUCACUUCCAACCUCGCUAUAGCUACUCAUCCAAGCCAUUGAUGCAAAAUCUGUAAUUUGAAGGACAGCUUAUGUCUCUGAUUUGGAUCAAGAACUUAAACCUCUCUUUCCUUUAACAUAGUUCUACGCUCUGUUUUAAGCUCUGUUU